AUGCGCAAAGCACACUUUCUAUUAUUAUUCUGUAUUUUGCAUAGAAUUUCUUAUGUAAAAUGUUAUAAGAAAUCUCGUAGUCGAGAUCUUGGCAUUCCAUUUACUGAUGUUACUGACAAAUCUAAUUCUAUUACUGAUGUCGAAGGUGUUGAAGUUGGUUUUAGUACCAUAAUUGAAUGUGAUUCUAUUCGAACAAGUGUAACAGCAAUAUUUCCACGCGGAUUAAAAAAUGUUUUUCGUCGAAUGCCUUGUUUUGCUAAUUGGUUUAGUUUAAAUGGAGAUGGUGCAAUGACUGGUGUACAUUAUUUAAUAGUCUGCAUUGAACAUGUAUUUGAAGCAUUGAACAAUGCUAAAGGAUCUGACUCAUUAAUUCAAGAAGGAAAUGUAGGGAAUGAAACAGGUAUGAUUUCAUUUGGUUUUAAAGCUGGAACAGGAACAAGUUCACGAAAAAUUGAAGGUUUAAAUUAUACGAUUGCAGUUUUAGUACAAUCCAAUUUUGGAUGCAAGAAACAAUUAAUUAUUGCUGGUAUUCCUGUUGGCGAAGAAUUAUUGAAAAUCGAAAAAACCAAUGCAAGUAUUCCAGAUGAAGAUGUUGGAUCGAUUAUUGUUAUUGUAGCUACGGAUGCACCACUUUUACCACAUCAAUUGAAACAUUUAGCAACUAGAGUGUCACUUGGAAUAGGAAAAGUAUGCAGUAUAGGUGCUAAUCUAUCUGGUGAUAUUUUCUUAGCGUUUUCGACGGCUAAUGUUUCGAAUCCAAGUUCGGCAACCGGAGCUAUAGAAUUUUUGCUCAAUAAUCAAAUGAGUCGUUUAUUUGAAGCAACGAUUUAA